CUGAUUAUGAGAAAAUACUCCAAAUCCACCGCUUUACUUGGUGCGUUAUUGUCAUUUGUGUAGUACGCAAACUGUCCACGUGAGGGCAUUAGUGUCGUUACGGUUUUGGCGCGAAUCUGGACGGCACUGGGAGAAACAACGUUUCAUCGUUCAGUUGCGCGCGGCCCCCCGCACGAGUAGUUGUCUUCUGGAGCUACAACGUUACUAAGAAUGAACCAACGCGGCAAACACCUAGUGCUACUUGCACUUUCUGAUGGCAACAAAAACUCGAUUGAAGUUCAAAAUUUAGCCAAUUUUACAAUGUUACCUUAUUCAGAAACAGAAAAUGCAUUGUCUAUUACAAAUUCCGAAUGUCCAGUAUCACCAUCCAACCUAGAAGACCCAACAAUAACUACUCCAGAGCAGCAUGACACUACCUUCGAGAACCACGGUAACUCUCCAUCUAUUUUAUUUGCGACUAAUAAAUCGUAUGAACAAGAGGGUAUCGACUUUCAAACAGGCGAUUUCUCCGGCACUGAUUCAGGAGAUGAAUACAGGCCUGGCCCUCGUUCAAGAUCGUCUUCAUCCAGUAGCUCCAGUAGCUCUAGUAGCAGUUCCAGUGAUUCUCCUGCAGAAAACAAUAAUUCUAAUAAUGAGAGUCUAGUUCACGAGUAUAACCAACCAGCGGAAACGAUAACUAAACCGAGAGGCAAAAAGCGUACGCGUAAUCCAACGAACUGGAAAAAAAAUGUUGCUAAGCGAUUGAAAAACUCUGGAAAAACGUAUAUCUCAAUAAAAACCAAAAAACUAAAUCAAAGUAAAACAAUAGGACCUACAUGUACAACUAAAUGUCGGUUGUCCUGUGCUGCUAAAUUUACUGAACAAAAAAGGACGGAAAUCUUUGAGUCUUACUGGAAGUUGGAGAGUUUAGAGAGGCAACGGGGUUUUUUAAACACCUGUACAAGACCACUAAAAUGUGCUUACCGCCGCAUAAAGACUGACAAAAGGUAUGACAGAAAAGCAAACAACGCAUUUUACUUGCUGAAUGAGAAUAAAGAAAUCCGCGUCUGUAAAACUUUUCUCAUUAACACUUUGGGUAUCACACAACGGGUUAUACGGACUGUUAUCGACGGCAGAGCUCAGAAUGAUGGUUUCAUUCCACCUGAUCAACGAGGAAAACACGGAAAACAAUGUACCUUGGGACCUGAAGUUAUACAAGCAGUAAAGGAUCAUAUCGAAUCAAUUCCAAGGAUUGAGAGUCACUAUCUCAGGGCUAGUACUAGCAGACAAUUUAUUGGUGGGGGUUUGACAGUGGCAGAACUACAUAGAAAUUAUUCAGAAAGUCAGAAACAACAGAACAAGCCUAUUUGCCAGUUUAAGAGACAACGUGCCCCAGACAUUGAGCUGAGAGAGACGAAUGUAAAUGUAGUGUUGCAAGGUCAAGCCGAUUAUGCACUCUGA